AUGCGUUUGUCCAGCUUUUUGCUGGCCGCUGGUCUUUCCAGCUCUGCACUCGCAGUCGAUGCAUCACUGGAUCCUUGGGAGAUUGACCCUAGCUGCAAUGGCUUUGAGAACGACAUCAAGGAUGCUCUGACGCAGUCAAUUGAUCUGGCUGAUGCCGCUAGAACCAGCCUCGAGUUCCUCCUUGCAAAGAUGCCGGACCGAAACUCUGAUCCCGACGGCGCUGUCAAGUGGGCAAGGAUUUCAUCGGCUGCUAAUAGCAUCUUUGGACUCAUGCCUAACUACAAGGGCCACGAUGCUGAGACGCAGAAGUACAUUGAGGAUUUGCGAGACAUCUUUGCUAAGACGGCCAACACUCUUCCCUCAUCUCAGAACAACCCCGCCAAGGGCUUCAGCCCAAUCCUCUCCCAGAAGCCCAACGCCAAGCCAUUGAUGGUCUGUGGUGACGAUGUCUUCCAGUGGUACGACGUCGAUGACGAGCCCGAGCCUGGUAUAGGCAAGGUCAGAGACCAGCCAGCUGUGAGCCGCUACAUCCAAAACGGCGGCACAAUCGCCGGGGCAUUUUAUUACGCCAACCGUUGGGACUUUAGACAGACCAAGGUAGCCUCUGUCGGACACUGCAUUGGCAACCGAGAGGCUGUGAUCUCGUCGAGCGAUGAUAUUGUGAUCAUCUGUCCCAAGAUGACGUCUGACGCUGGAAAGGCGCGUAUUACGCCGAGACAGUAUAAGACUUCUGCUGCGCUGGGUGACCAUAUCAUGACGAACUGGGUGUCCAACCCUACCCAGCUGUACCACGAGCUCAUGCAUUGGUUCGGUGGUGUUGACUCCAACUUGAAGCACAUCAUCAAGGACCAGGUCGCUGUUAGCGAGAAGGGCUACUUGAGAUAUAAGGACAAGAACAACCAGGUCGAAUACUACACCCGUCCUCCCUCGCAGCAAGAACUCAAUCAGAAAGGACAAAGAAAGCAGGGAGCGUAUGGUCUUCGUUGGAUCAUGAACUUGGCACGUACUUAUAAAGACAAGAAUGGCAACACAAACCCUUAUUCUGGUCCUAAGCUGGCAACCAAGAACGCUGACUCAUUGGCACUCUUUUCUUUCAUGAUGUACCUGGAUCAAUUUGACUGGUCCAAGAACGGUGAUGCUCAAGAUUUUACCCGCCUUAGAAACAAGUUGGGCUUGAAUCCUUAA